AUGAAACUCGGAAAACAAGAAGGGAAAAAGGACCACAAAAGCCCCGUGCCAUCCGCUCUGAUGGGAGGAGCUAGUCUUGUAUCAACGCACGAAACGACCUACGAGGGAUCAGUGGAAGACACGGGAUACCGAACAGACUACAAUUCUGAGCGUCUUGGGCUCCCACACACUACCGGGCAGAAGCCCCGUCCGCCAGGAGUAGCGCCGCCGCGACCGAGGGGGAAUCCAUUCGAGGAGGCUGAGGACAAGGAGAAGACUGAGGACAAGGAGGAUGACUUGGACGAAGUAGUCGCGGGAUUGACGGAGAAUAUGGAUUCUGGCAUAAGCCAUCGGGGGCGUGGUGCACAAGGGAGGGGGAUGGUCGGAGGGGGAAGAGGAAGAGGCGAGCCCAGUGGGGUGAUGAAUUCCGGGAGAAAUGGUUUACCGCCGCACGCACCGAUCCCGACGUACAGUCCUAUAAUGAGACCGGUAUCGCAGGUACCGGUGUAUCGACGGCAGGGCGAGGUGCAAGGGCUUCCUCCAUGGCCGCUUAGUCCAGCUUUCGGAGGGGUAAUCCCGGCUCGCCCGCAACAAGUGGGCAGAGGCGUUCCCGCGCCUGGGAGGGGUUCGAUCGCGCAAAAUCCCUGGAUACCGAGUGCUCCCAUGCCAGGACCAGGACGAGGAGGCAUAGGGAACACCCCACCGCAUAACCUUCCACAGAGACGACCGCCGCCCCCUCGUCAACCAACACAAAUGGCGCUUCCCGUUCCCACCGUAGCAUCACUGGGCGGCAAUAAUUCAACAUACCGCCAACAGAAAAUUCUACAGACAUUAAUCCAGCAACAAGAAGAGGAUAACCGCAAACGAGACACAAUGAAAGACCAGGGCUUAGAGCUGCCUGCCUCAACACACAGCGAUGUCUCCAGUCAGGAAGGCUCACUCUUCAACGCACCAAGUAGUAAUUCUUCGAGUUUGAGUCUUCCCCAUACUUCAACACCCACCUUUCAGGGUUCGGACAGACGCCCUAGUACUGGUACCGGUAGCAGCAACGCAUCAUCAUCGGUGUACUCAAGAAAAGCCCGAGAGGAAGUCCUCCGAAGGCAACAGGAGGAAGAGGACAUCCUACGACGGCAACGACAGGAAGACCAGCAUCGUGUGCAAGUGGUGCCAUUGGUGCAGGGUUCUCCAACCCCACAAAAGCUACCGAGUCUCCCAACAUCUCCAACCCCCGGGGGGGCGGGAGCAACAAGAACCGCAUCCCCACUCGGCGCGGAACCCAAGCCUGGGGCGGCAAGGUCAGAAGCGACCUUUCCGGAACUGGAAAUAAUCCGGGUACCAGUAGAAACUACAACCACCCCUAGCCGACUGCCACCAAACCCACUCGAUCGGCCGGGAACCGCAACCACAGUCGUGAGUCUCCCGGAGUUCGGCGGGAAUAGAGCGGAUCCCGGAGCCCCACCCCGGAGGCACUCGUCAACGCAAUCAUGGUCCGGGCCCGACCGGACAAACUCUUUAGAAAUUGACCGUGCCGCAGAACAUCGGAAACCAGUACCUAAACCUCAGGAAAAUUUACACACCCCACCCACUUCACCUUCAUCAGAACCAAAUGUAUCUGCGGGUGGAGCGGAUAAAAAAUUACAACAAUACCGGUACACCGGCCCCGUGGGGCCCUGGUUCCCAACCCCCCCGGAACCCACCGAUGACGCGAAAAACUCCCCUCCACCCCCACCGACCGAGUUGCCGGGGAUAGCUGCGACAAAGCCAAACACACAUUGUAUCAGCGACGACAUAACUCACCGCCCAUCUAUCGCGCACAGACACAAAUUCAACCAAGGGCACGAAGUCCAAGGUCUCAGCGACGACAUCCAGACCGGUUCAUUGGUAGGAGAGAAAGGUGUGCUUCCACCGGAAUUCUUCGAUAGACACCGGCCGGCGUGCCUGAGCGAUGAUCUAGCAAAAGUAUACUUGGGCCUCGGUGAAAAAGGCGAGCAGGAAUUACAGUCCCAGAUGGGGCAGGAAGAGCGCUUGCGAGCGGUGGAAAUGGAAAGGGCGUGCUUGGGCGAUGAAUUGAGCGAGCGACAUACCGACCGCUCGGGAUUGAUUCCGGUUAUUGAAGAGGCGGGCGAAACAUCUACCCAUGCGCAACCGCGCACUGCGGAGGUUCCUUUGGUGGUGGCGGAGACGGAUCCGCGACGGUGAUAACCCUUUCUCCGGAAAACUUUUGGGCACUCGUGUUUCUGACACUGAUCGGCGAAUGGAGAAGUAGCCGCUCGAAGCUGUUCAAUAAUCCCGGACGUUUAGAACGUAAAGUCCCGCCGCCGCCCAAACCUCCGAAGGUACCACUGGCCCCACCGAAGAUUCCACAGACCCCACCGCCCCCGGAGGAUGUAGAGCGGCCGCCCCCAGAGCAUAUAGAGCAGCCGCCGCCACCGCGAUGGGAGCUAAGCUGGGAAUAUUAUUAG